AUGCGAAGCGACAACGGACCACAGUUUGUGUCAGAGGAGUUUAAGGGAUACCUGAAUUCAAAUGGUAUCAAACACAUUCGGACUACACCAUACUGGCCACAAGGAAAUGGGGAGGUAGAGAGGCAAAACCGAACACUACUCAAAGCCAUUAAAGCUGCGAACGCAGAAGGCAAGGAUUGGAGACAAGAACUACCCAAGUUCUUACUUGCGUACCGUGCGACCCCACACUCUACCACCGGAAAAAGCCCUGCAGAGUUAUUAUAUAAUCGGAAAAUUCAUACCAAUUUACCUGAGAUCAGCAAAAGAAUUGAUCUCGAAGAAUUAAGAGAAACGGACGCAAGACGGAAAGUGGAUUUUAAAAUAAGAGCGGAUGAAAAGCGCCGCGCUGUACCGUGUGAAAUUGAGAUCGGUGACACUGUUGUACGACGUCAGGCUAAGCGCGUAAGUUGUCAACCGAGUUCGCGCCUGAGAAGUUAA